CCCAAAUCAAAAAUCAAACUCAACCGACGCGCCAUGGGCCGCUUCGACCUGGAGCUGCUGCAGCAAGCGGCACCCUUCUCCGCGCCCCGCAGGAUGGGCCUCGAGGUGACGAGCUUGCCCGUCGGACGGUGCAGCAGCUUUCUGGACAUCGAGGCGCCGCUGAGACGACCGCUUCGAAGCUCCUUCGAGGAGCCACCGAAAGAGGAGGGGGAGGAGGAGGAGAUUCCUCAGCCAGAUCCGUAUCCCGAGCAGUGCAAGGUGGAGCUGCGCCCAGAUGAGCCCAGGGCCUGUGAGCAGCGCUGGGUGAACUGGUGCCAGGAUGAAUGUCGAGCUCAUUAUGGCGUGAAACCGAAACGGCUCUACAAUGGCCUUGAUCGGGCCCAGUGCUACCUGCAUCUCUCACUGCGUCAUGGGCCGCGACGCCGAUGGCCGCGUCCGACCCAUGUGCCCCUUGCAGAACGGCUACUCAGCACAGCUUUGGCCGAUAGUGAGCUCUACACCUUUCCAAAGGAUGCCGAGCAAGAGGAGAUGGAGGAGGAUUAGGUCGCACCAUAGCUCAAGCUCAGCGAAACAAAUGGCUACAAUUCCAUUUGCUGUCUGUUGAUUUCUAGCAGAACAAACGGC